UUAGUCUUCUGCGUCUUUAUCAAUUUCUCAUUUGUAUAUCCCCAACUAAAAUCUGAAGGAAGAUGAAAGAGUUGAGCAAAACUGGAGCCUAUGUACCAGAGAUUUUGGCGUUGGAGAUUCUCUCCAAACUUCCUGUUAAAUUCUUGACACGUUUCAGGUUAGUUUGUAAGGAUUGGUCUUUAUCUUUUCAUUCCCCACUUUUCAUUACCAAACAUCAUCAGAACAACCUCAGAAACAACAAGCUUAAUUUCCUCCUCAAACGUAGUCAUGGUAGCACCCGUGAUAACAUCUUUUAUUUCUCUCAGCUUUCGACUGAGAAAGACUUUUCGGUAAACCACAACAUUCACUUACCCUUUUUCGAGAAUUAUUUGUAUACUCCUGACGUUUAUGGUCCUUGUAAUGGAUUGUUGUGUUUACGUGAAAAUGAUAGAGUUGCCCUUUGGAACCCAUCAACCAGAGAGUUCAAAACCCUUCCUGAAUCCUCAGUCCAACGCCCUCCUGAUCUGUAUUACACUGCUUUUGACCAUUGCUUUGGUUUUGGGUACGAUCCUCAAACUGACGAUUACAAAAUUGUAAGAUUUGUUUUUAAUAAAGUUUUUAAUAAAGUUUUAGAUGAUGAAUAUGAAUCGAAGAUGCAAGUCGAGUUAUAUUCGCUUAAAAGCGAUUCAUGGACGGAAAUUGUAGAACCUGAUGGGCUUCCUUAUGGCGGUGCUGUGUUUAAUACAUACGUAAAUGGGUUUUAUUAUUGGCAGGCACUGGGGGAUUUUGAUAAGCUUGUUCUUGCAUUUGAUAUGGUUGAUGAAAAGUUUUCGACUUUACCUAUGCCUGAAUUUGAUGUGCCUUUAACCCAAUACUAUUGGGAACUUUUGGAGUUCAAUGGAUUGCUUGGUGCUAUUGUUUACCCAAUUAAAGGAUCCGAGAAAUCUUUUGAUUUAUGGGUUAUGAAUGGAUGUUGGAGUAAACAAUUUAGUAUUGAAUCUGUACGUGGAGUUGAGAGGCCUUUGUGGUUUUGGAAAAAUGGUGAAUUGUUUCUUGCGAGCUCGGAUCAUGAAUUAAUGAUGUUCCCUCCACACGAGAGCUUAAAAAUCUGGGUAUCCAUGCUUAUGAAAGAUCAAUGCAAAUUAUUGCUUAUGUUGAGAGCUUCGUUUCAUUCAGUGGAAGAUCAGAGUAUGAGGAACGUAUAAUACGUGUGCAUCAAAUUCAUAUCGAAGACAAUGAUGGAUAGGACGAUGGGAUUUUCCAUUUUAUUUUGUUUUAGUGCUUUUGUCAAUUUUAUACCUAGAAAACUGUCUAUUGGUUUACUUUAAUUUACAGGUGCCAGACAUGGAGUGGGUUGCAUACUUAAAUUAUGCUUUAGAAAACUCCAUAUCUUCAAUAAUUGAAUGUAUUUUGAAGUUGAAUAUAGGCUAUUAGUAUUGUUGUUGUUAUGAUCAUGCCUUGUUAUAUGUGAAGCAAUUGUUAUCAACCCUACUGUUCAGGAUUACUAA